UCUGAGUGCCUGGGAAUCCUGAAAGACGGGAUCAACGUACAGCAUGAUCUGAACAGGCUUCAUUGGGUGCCUCUCAUUCAUCUAUUUAUGCAUCCUCCCUUCCUUCCUCGGUCCUCCUUCCCACUGAUCUAGAUAAAGGAUGAUGGGGUGGCAACAAUGGGAUAGUCUAUCUAGUGCUAGUUAUAGAUCAGUGGGAACAAGCCUGGAGGAUCGAGCAUCAAGGAGAGAGGUUGAGAAUGAGUCAUUGGCUUCAGGAUGAGCACUUCAGGUAGAUCUUCUAAAAGGGGCGGGAUUGGGAAAGCUCUCUGAUCUGAUUGGCCACUACUCAACAGCACCACCCUCUCUGAUCUUACCCUACCUGUCCUCCUCCUGAACAUUCCAAUGAAGCAAAACAGAAACAAAACUCAACUCACUCUGCUGCUGCUUCCUACAGUGAGAGUGUGUGCUUGGUGUUGUUGAGAGAUAGAAAAUGGCGGAAAGGUUUUCUCAGGAGGAAGAGUCUUUCAUCUGUCCAAUCUGUUUGGAUCUCCUGAAGGAUCCAGCAGCUAUUCCUUGUGGACAUAAUUUCUGUAUGAGGUGCAUUCAUAGCUGUUGGGAUCAGGAGGAUACUAAAAGGGUCUACAGCUGUCCCCUGUGCCAACACACCUUCCAUCCCAGACCUGUGCUCUACAAAAAUCCCCUGAUUGCUGAGAUGGUGGAGAAAUUUAGGAAGACCCGAAUUCAGGCUGAUCCUCCUUUUGACCAUUAUGCUGGACCUGGAGAUGUGGAGUGUGACAUAUGCUCUGGGAGAAAACUCAAAGCUGUGAAGUCCUGUCUGGAGUGUGUGCAUUCUUACUGUGAAAGUCAUUAUAAAGCUCACAAUGAACUCAAUCCUGGAAGAAACCACAAGGUGGUGGAUGCCACAGGUCAGCUACAGGAGAGGAUCUGUGCCCAACAUGGGAAGCCUCUGGAGAUAUUUUGUUGCACAGAUCAAAGCUGUGUCUGUUUUCUUUGUCUGGUGAAUGAACACAAAGGCCAUAACACCGAGUCUACCUCUGCAGGGAGAAAGGAGAAACAGACGCAGCUGGGGCAGACCCAGAAGAGAUUCCAGCAGAGAGUCCAGAAGAGAGAGAGGGAGCUGCAGGAGCUGAGGAAGGCUGUAGAGACUCUCAAGAGAUCUGCACAGACAGCAGUGGAGGGCAGUGAGAGGACCUUCACUGAGAUGAUCCGCUCCCUUGAGAGAAGGCGCUCUGAGGUGAAAGAGCUGAUCAGAGCUCAGGAGAAGGCUGAGGUGAGUCGGGCUGAAGGAAUCCUGAAGCAACUAGAGCAGGAGAUUUCUGAGCUGAAGAGGAAAGAUGCUGAGAUGGAGCAGCUUUCACACACAGAGGACCACAUCCAUUUCCUCAAGAAUGUUGUAUCAGUCACCAGUGCUCCUUGCAGUACAGUUACAACCAGCACGACAUUCAGCCAAAGUUUCUCAUUUGUGGCUGUGAUGGAAUCUGUCUCUGUAGUGAAGGCACAGCUGGAAGAGAAACUAGAUGACGUCAUCAUGCAAGGAGUGGUUAAGAUAUCUGCAGCAGAUACUGAUCCAGAACUCCCAGUCAGAAGAAUAAACAGGAAUGUGACGUGGGCACCGAGCAUGGAGAUGGGAGGUCGCUGCAUGCUGGGCAAGGCCCAGUCUGUGGUGGGCCAGCAGACUGACUUGCAACGGUUGCAACGCAGCUGCUCACUGCCCAACUCCGCCAGCAGGGUCAUCUCCGAAGCCGUCCCCAUCCAUCGCACCCUGGACAGACAGUUGAUGCCCACUGACGUCCUGGAAUCCUCAGCGGAAUACGGGGGCUGGGUGGAGGGCCCCCACGUGCGGCCACAGCUGCUGGAGGUGUCGCUGCAGAGUGGGCCUUGUGGGUUCGGCUUCGGCAUCUGCGACAGCCCUCUGGGCCAGAGGGUCAGUCAGCUCUUGGACGAACAGAGCUGUUGUGGCCUGCUCAAGGACGACAUCAUCAAGGAGAUCGACCACCGCAACGUGCAGAUGCUCAGCCAUGCGCAGGUGGUGGGCCUGCUCAAGAAGGUUCCCAUAGGGGGCACCGUCACACUCUUGGUGCUCCGAGGAGCCUUGGCUGUGAACACUGUGAAUUUGGAUGUGUUCAUCACACGGGACGAGGAGUCAGGCUUUGGCCUAAGAAUCUGUGGAGGAGAAAGACCCGGGCAGGCCGUGUAUAUUGGGACGAUCAUACCAUAUGGAGCAGCAGAGCGGGACGGCCAGCUUCGGGCAGGGGAUGAGCUCAUCUGCAUUGACAGCACAUCCAUCACUGGCUACUCACACAAGCAGGUGGUGGACCUCAUGACCAAUGCCGUCCGCCGUGGUCAUGUCAUGCUCACUAUACGCCGUAAAAUCUAGGCUGUCUUACUGAACUAGUGAGCAGAUAGGAGUUCUCACAGUCCUUGCCUGGAUCCAAAUACAGCGGUGAAAACCCGAGAACAGGAGAGAAGGUAGAGCCAAAGUCAAGUCAUAAUAUCCUGAUAAUCAAGAGAUCAGAAUGAAAAUGUGGAGCGUUUUCCUCCAAAGAUGAGUUCUUAUGGCCACAACCAUCAUUCUCUCAGUCUCUAACGGACGGAGACCACCUUGACUAUGCAACCUCAGGCAACUGCAAAAAGGACUGACAAACAUAUGUAUCUGUGUUAUAUGUAUUAAACUACCCCAUCCACCUGAUGCCAAAUCAGAUAGAGUUGACACCAGGGGCAGAGCCAAAUGGGGGGCAAAAGCCACCCCCGGAAUCCAGUAGGGGAUCCCAAGGGCCACCCCACCGAGGUGUGAUUGGGAUUGUCAGCAUGAAACGUCAUGAAAAGCCAAAAACACGUUUUUUACAUUGAUUUAAUAUAAUCAUAAUGUUAAGGCUAUAUUUACGGGGACACAUUGCGAUGUUAUGAAUGCCCUGUGUCACUGAACCAUUUUCUACCAUUGUAAUGAAGUUGUUCUCCAUGCACAUCUAGCUUAUAUAGUAGGAAAACAGGAAUACAGUGGAAAACCGCCCUACUGCUUUACUUGAAAAUACUAUCUUUCGUGUUGCAUUGCAUCUUUGAAGUUAUGUGAUUCAGAUGUUCUACCAAAAAUUAAGGUAUAUAUUUGUUACUUCAUAUGUCUGCAUUUUCAAAUAUUAAUGACAUAAAAAAGUUUGCCUAUUUAAGACAUAAAUAUGUAUUGUUUUACGUUUUACUUGUCUUGUUCAUGUGCCACUCCUCUCUGAGUCUGUGCUCCAGCCCGGCCAGCCAAUCAGUUUUUUUUCUAGAAUCUACUGCCACUGGUUCACAAUGGAAAGUGCUAUAAUGAGAGACUGAGAGGGGUGAAUUCUGAUCCUUUACUUAAGCAAGAAUAUAAAUACAGCAAUGCAAAAAUACUCUAUUAAAAGAACAUAUCCUGUAAGAAAAGUACAGCGAAACAUGGCACGUGAAUGGAAUAUUUAAGUAGAAGUUUGAUACCUCUGUGUAUCAAAUGACGUUAUUGGAUCAACAGUGUUGAAAGAUUAGCGAGUAAGCAACAUUUUACAGUUGUAGAGGUGAAACUUCAACAUUACUUUUUAAAACUGUUUCAUACUGUACAGUAUGCAGGGACAACAGAUAAAUCUGAGAGGUCAUGAAAUGAUGUAUGGAUCACUUGAAUAUUCACUGAAAUGAAAUCAUGUGUGGAGUUUAGAGGGACACAUCCCAGUUCGAUGUAGAUUUUAUCAACUCCUGGACAUGAAAUGUGUACAGUAUAUGUGUUUGUGAGACAUCAGAAGCCCAAGUGGUAGGAAAUAACUGGCUUGUACUUUACAAGUGUGUUUUAUUUUAGUAACCAAUGCUGUAAAAUAUGCGUGGAAGAGUACAUAGUACCAUACUGUAUUUUCCUGUGGAAUGUGUUUUAAUAAAUUCAAAUGGAAAUAAAUAAAAAACGAAAUGGAAAUAAUCCACUAAAGCAUA